UCGUAGUUAUAUACAAAACCCACUUGUUUUUUUUAAUAAAUUAGUAUCUAUUCAGAAUUUAAAGUUUUACAAGGGACUGAACUAAAAUUACAACGCAACCCGUCUUCCCGCCAUCUCUCUCUCUCUCUCGAGCUUCUUGAGCUCCAGCACAGCACACAAUCACAACCCCAAUGCGCGCAUUCUCCACUCUCUCUCGUCGCUCACCCAUCACCAAUCCCUUCAAACACCCCCUUGCCCAACACCUGCUCGACGAAAUGCCUCACAGAGAUGCACAUGCACCGCGUCUCAACGCCCUCCUCUCCGCCCACGUCCGCAACAACAACCAAACCUCUGCGCUCCUGCUUUUCCUCCACAUGCAUCGUCACAACAUCCCCCUCGAUGGUUUCACCUUCAAUCCAAUCCUCUCUGCCUGCCCCGCUCUCCCCGCCGCCGGUUCCCGUCUCGGCUUCCAACUCCAUUCCUUGAUGUUCAAGCUUGGCUGCUUAUCCGAACCAAUCCCUGCCACCUCCCUCCUCAACAUGUACUCAAAAUGCGGCUUCUUUGAAGAUGCAGUCAAUGUGUUUGAUGAAAUGCCUGAGAGAGAUGUUGUCUCAUGGAAUGCCCUUCUUUCAUGCUUCAUCCAUCAUGGCCAUUCUCAGCUCACCAUCAACGCCUUCUUCUCCAUGGUACAAACCCGGAUUGAGUUCACCGGCUUCACUCUCAGUACCGUGCUCACGGCCUGUGCUUCCUCGCGCUCUCUCGCGCAAGGUCUGCAGUUACAUGCUCUCACUUUCAUUUGUGGUUAUCAUAAUUCUCUCGUCAUUGCUACUUCCCUUAUAGACUUGUAUUCAAGCUGUGGAAUGAUCACACAAGCUAUGCAAGUCUUCACUGGAUUGAAUUCCCCGAAAGACACGGCAAUGCGCAAUGCACUGAUCACCGGGCUUGUGCAGAGCCAGAAAUAUGAUGAUGCUUUCGCAUUGUUUGCACAGACAACACCGAACGCAGUGGCAUUCACUUCGGUGCUCACUGCUUGUUCCGACUCGUUGAGCUUAAAGCACGGAAAACAGAUACACUGCACGGCCCUUCGCCGGGACUUCACUUCCGAUACCAUCUUGUGCAAUGUGCUUGUGAGGAUUUACGCAAAGUGCGGCGACAUACAUUCUGCGCAUUCGACCUUUGUUAUGACCGAUAACAAAGAUGUCAUCUCAUGGACUAGCAUUAUCGACGCGUACGGGAGCCAAGGGUGUGGUUUGGAAGCUCUGAACUUGUUUACAGAGAUGGAAAAUGAAGGCAGUGUUUUGCCAAAUGCAGUGACAUUUAUAUCGGUUUUAUCGGCGUGUGGGCAUUCAGGGCUUAUCAACGAAGGCAUAAAGUAUUUUAAUGUUAUGAAGAACAAGUAUGGGAUUGAUCCUGGAGCUGAACAUUAUGCAUGUUUGAUUGAUAUGUUGGGAAAGGGAGGGAGGAUUGAAGAAGCAUGGGAAGUGUAUGGUGGAGUGGUUAAGGAAGGUAAGUUGAGUAGUGGAGUUUGUGUAGCAAUGUUGAAUGGUUGUAAGGUUUGCAUGGAUUUGGGAAGAGGUGAGAUUGUGGGAAAGCAUAUGAUGGAGUUGGGGGAGGAGGAUAAGGCUGGUGUUUAUGUAUUGUUGUCAAAUUUUUAUGCUGGAAUUGGGAGAUGGAAAGGGGCUGAGGAAGUGAGGAAGGUUAUGGAGGAUAAAGGGCUUAGGAAGGAGGAAGCUGGAAUUGGCUGAGAAACCUGGAGACUGGGAAGAAACACAGCCUACCUGUGGUCUGCGAGAAGUACCUGUGGUCCAUAAAGUAACUGGGGCCCAGCCUUUAUCUUUUGGCUAUAAAGAGGACCAUAAAGGGGCUCU